GUUGGCGCAACCGCUUCCGGAUUGUGGGGCGUGCGAACCGCGGGCUCUGCUGUGCACGUGGACCGGUACUUGGCAGCGUCAUGGGGCGCAAGUUGGACCCCACCAAGAAGGAGAAGCGCGGGCCUGGCCGAAAGGCCCGUAAACAGAAGGGUGCUGAGACCGAGCUCGCUAGAUUCCUGCCCCCAGUUGGUGAUGAAAGUGGGAAGAGGCUCUCUAGCCGUGCAAGGAAGAGGGCAGCCAAGAGGAGAUCAGAAUCUGCAGGGGUUCCUGAAACCAAGAAACUAUCUCCUAGUCCAAAACCUCUAAAAAAAGGAGCUGUCCAGCCCUCUGAGAAGAAAGGACUCCAGGCCUCUGGGCUCAAAAUUGGAAAUAAAGCAUUACUUGUACCUGCUAAGGGCAAAAAGCGCCCAGCCCCCCCUCAAAACAGUGAUGAAGAGGAGGACUCUGAGGACAGUGAUGCAGAGAGUGAAGGGGAUAGCUGGGCUUCUAUGGAUAGUGAAGAUGAUAUGGUAGAUGAUUAUGGUGUGGCCUCAGAAGAAGAAACUGAUGAAGAAGAUGAGCUCUUGCCCAUUGAGAAGGCUGCUCAGAAGCAAAGGGCCCAGGAAGCAGAAACGCUGAGUCAUUGGAGUUCAGAAGAUACUGAUGAGGAGGAGGAAGUGGAACACUCUCCCCAGCUAAAAUCCAAAAAUGUUGAUGAAGAAAAUGGGGAUCUUCAGAUCAACUUGGACAAGGAUGAAAAAUUUGUAUUGCCCUCUGGCAAGGAGAUAGAGCAAGAGAAUGCUCAGGCUCCAGAUCUGCAGUCUGUACACCAGCGAAUCCAGGACAUUGUGGGGGUGCUACGGGACUUUGGGUCUCAGCGAGAGGAAGGUCGGUCUCGGACUGAGUACCUGAGCCGGCUUCGGAAAGACUUGGCUACAUAUUACUCCUAUGGAGACUACCUGAUUGGCAAGAUAAUGGACAUUUUCCCUCUUUCUGAGCUAGUGGAAUUCCUAGAAGCUAAUGAGGUUCCCCGACCCAUCACCCUCAGGACCAACACCCUGAAAACCCGUCGCCGGGAUUUGGCUCAGGCCUUGAUCAACCGAGGGGUGAAUCUGGAUCCCUUGGGUAAAUGGUCAAAAACUGGACUGGUGGUGUAUGACUCUUCUGUGCCUAUUGGGGCUACCCCUGAGUACUUGGCAGGGCACUACAUCCUUCAAGGUGCUUCCAGUAUGCUGCCUGUCAUUGCCUUGGCACCGCAGGAACACGAGCGUAUUUUGGAUAUGUGUUGUGCCCCUGGUGGCAAGACUAGCUACAUAGCCCAACUGAUGAAGAACACAGGAGUGAUCCUUGCCAAUGAUGCUAAUGCUGAGCGCCUCAAGAGUGUCGUAGGCAAUCUGCACCGGCUGGGCGUCACCAACGCCAUCAUCAGCCAUGAUGAUGGACGCCAUUUCCCUAAGGUGGUAGGAGGCUUUGAUCGGGUACUGCUCGAUGCCCCAUGUAGUGGCACUGGUAUCAUCUCUAAGGACCCAUCUGUGAAGACUAACAAGGAUGAAAAAGACAUCAAGAGAUGCGCCCACAUCCAAAAGGAACUGCUCCUGAGUGCUAUUGAUUCUGUUAAUGCUGCUUCCAAGACCGGAGGCUACAUCGUCUACUGCACUUGCUCCAUUACGGUAGAAGAAAAUGAAUGGGUGGUAGAGUAUGCCCUGAGGAAGAGGAAUGUGCGGCUGGUGCCCACAGGGCUGGACUUUGGCCAGGAAGGCUUCACCCAUUUCAGAGAACAUCGAUUCCAUCCCACACUUCGGUCUACCCGACGUUUCUAUCCCCAUACACACAACAUGGAUGGCUUCUUCAUUGCCAAGUUCAAGAAGUUUUCCAAUAUUAUACCUCAGUCUAAGAAAAGUGAUGCAGCAGCUGACCCCACAGACUCCAGACCGACCGAUGGGCCUUCUGCAGCUAAAGCCCAGGUGGUCCCCCAGCCUAAAAUCAGCCCUAAGCUUGUCAAGAAGACCAAGCAAGCUGGAAAGGCAAAGGUGAAGCUAGGAGCUGGAAAGGCAGGAGUGAAGCAACAACAGCAGCCCCCUAAGAAGACUGUUUUCCAGAAUGGGAAGCCCAUCCACAAGGGCCCUCGGCCUCCUACAGCAAGGACUCCUAGUUCCAGCCGGCCCCCACCUAGGAAGAAGCAGAAGUCUCAGUCCUGACAUAGUAGCCACUGUAGGGUCUUGAAUUACCAGACUAGUGUGACUGUGAGCUUCUUUCAGGAGCUUGGCCUUAUCUUUUGGAGAGAAGUCUUGUCUGACUUAAGACACAGUCCAAUUAACCUUCCCCUUGUAUACAUAUAAAUAUGCCCAUCCCCAUCUCUA